CAGUCAGGCACGGCGCAUCGUUACAAUGAUCUUCUCCAUCCCACCGAUAGAUUCCCAUCCCGCCUGCAUCACUUUUACGACCAGCUUCCACCAAGUCCGCGAGCCUGAACGACACUGCCUGACCACAGAAUGCACGGGGGAAAAAGAGGACUGGUGGCACCACAGAACACUUUUUUGGAAAAUAUUGUCCGUCGCUCAAGUGAGACAAGUUUCUUGUUGGGGAAUGCUCAAAUCGUAGAGUGGCCUAUAGUUUACAGUAAUGACGGAUUCUGCAAGCUCUCUGGUUACCACAGGGCAGAGGUCAUGCAGAAGAGUAGCACUUGCAGUUUCAUGUACGGCGAGCUGACAGACAAGAAGACAAUAGACAAAGUCAGACAGACCUUCGAUAACUAUGAAUCCAAUUGCUUUGAAGUGCUGCUAUAUAAGAAGAACAGAACCCCUGUGUGGCUCUACAUGCAGGUGGCCCCCAUCAGGAAUGAGAACGAUAAGGUGGUCCUGUUCCUCUGCACUUUUAAGGAUAUCACUGUCUUCAAGCAGCCUAUUGAAGAUGAGACCACCAGAGGAUGGACCAAGUUUGCCAGGCUUACCAGGGCAUUAACCAAUAGCCGGGGGACACUUCAGCAGCUCACGCCUAUGAACAAGACUGAAGUCAGCCACAAGCAUUCACGACUGGCAGAGGCUCUUCAGCUGGGCUCUGACAUCCUCCCUCAAUAUAAGCAAGAGGCUCCUAAAACUCCACCUCACAUUAUAUUGCACUACUGCACCUUUAAGACCACAUGGGACUGGGUCAUCCUCAUCCUCACCUUCUACACAGCCAUCAUGGUGCCCUAUAAUGUGUCAUUUAAGACCAAACAGAACAACCUGGUGUGGUUGGUACUGGACAGCGUGGUGGAUGUCAUCUUCCUAGUGGAUAUUGUGUUGAACUUUCAUACAACUUUUGUGGGACCUGGAGGAGAGGUCAUAUCUGACCCAAAGCUCAUACGGAUGAACUACUUGAAGACCUGGUUUGUCAUAGACCUGCUGUCUUGCCUGCCCUAUGACAUCAUCAAUGCCUUUGAAAAUGUGGAUGAGGAUCCCAUUGUAGACUCUUCUGCGGUGAGCCACUUGCCAGCUACAGCCCACUCUUCACGCAACGCCACACGUGCGGAGGACUCGGUGUUGCCUGGUCUCAGCAGCCUGUUCAGCUCAUUGAAAGUGGUGCGUUUACUCCGCCUGGGUCGAGUGGCACGUAAACUGGACCAUUAUCUGGAAUACGGUGCUGCUGUAUUAGUUUUACUGGUGUGUGUCUUUGGCCUGGUGGCACAUUGGCUGGCCUGCAUCUGGUACAGCAUUGGAGAUUACGAGGUCAUCGAUGAGGCCACCAACAGCAUCAAGACGGACAGCUGGCUUUAUCAGUUAGCUAACAGCAUUGGCAUGCCAUACCGCUACAAUGCCAGCGGUUCUGGCCAGUGGGAGGGUGGUCCCAGUAAGCACACUCUCUACAUAUCAUCACUCUAUUUCACCAUGACAAGUCUCACCACCAUUGGCUUCGGGAACAUUGCACCAACUACAGACGGGGAGAAGAUCUUCUCUGUGGCCAUGAUGAUGGUGGGCUGUAAGUAA